AGUCAUUAUUAGAUUAUUUUUCAACCAAGAAUCUUCCUUGAAGGUUCUUACACCAGAUUAUCUACUGUAUAACUUUAUUUUCAGCAUAUAGCAAUUUUAUAUUGUUUAGUAUCUUUGUAUUGUUUAGUAUCUUUGAUUUUCCUACAAAGUUUAUUUUUAAAUUUAUUCUUCAAGUUGAUAUUAAAGAGAGACACAGAAAGAUACCCAGAUUGAGCUGAAGCAGUCUAAGUUUAAAAAAAGAAAAAAUGCUUAAGAGUAAGCAAAACAAAGAUAUUGUAAACAAGCAAGAGCUAAUCUACACAGAACCAAAAUUUUCCAAGUCUCAACAGCAAAAAACAUCCGAGACAAAUCAGAGUAAUGUCCAGUCAAGAGAACAGCAAGUAGACUACAUGGAACUGAAAUUUCCCAGAUCUUCUCAUCUUCAGCACAGAAAACAGAAAAAAGGAAAAGUGUUACACCACAAAUCUACAGCCUGGCAAGUGAUAACUGGGAGUCUGGGGACCCUGUGUGUGGUCUUAUUGAUAACAGUGUGUGUCUUGCUUGCAAACUUAUUUUCCAACAAAGAAGACCCAAACCAAAAAAUAUCACCUGUUCCCACUCCAUCUUCUAAAAAUGAUGAAUGUUCCUGUGACCGUUGUUCAACUCACUGGAUUGGAUUUGGAAGUAGUUCUUAUUAUCUUUCCUGUAAAGCCAAAACCUGGGUGGAGAGCCAUGCUGCCUGUGAAGAGCUUAACACUCACCUUCUAAAGAUUGAUAUCAAGGCAGAGCUGGAACUUUUAUCAAUGCUUGAAGUAAAAGGAUGGAUAGGUCUCAAAAUCAAUGAAACCAGUGAAUCCUGGUUAUGGGAAGAUGGCACCACAGUAAUUGAAAACCUAUUUGGAUUCCUGAAAAUGGAGAAAGAUGGUUGUGCAUAUAUUGAAGGAAAUUAUGUUUAUCCUGCUAACUGUUCAUCUGGAAAAAGUUACGUGUGUGAGUUUACUGUAUAGCAGCUCAAUUUUGCUAAUACAAGUUGUUAGUGAAUCCUAAUUAAUUAAAGAGCAUAAAAUAUG